AUGGCGGCAGCCUGCGCGGCUCCGCCGGAAGUGGUCAAGGAGAUGGCUCCAACUGGAAAACUCCGCGUUGCUCUGAACAUGCGGAAUGAGCUCCUGGUCAGCGGCAAGUCUGCGAGCGGCGAGCCAGAGGGCUUGGCACCCUCCAUGGGCGCCGCAUUUGCUGAGAUGCUUGGCGUCCCUGUGGAGUUUGUCCCCUACGAGUCGGCAGACAAGCUGGCCGAUGACGCGAAGGAGGACAAGUGGGACGUGGCCAUGAUUGGUUCCGAUCCUGCUCGUGCCGAAUUCAUUGAUUUCACUGCUCCUUACUGCCAGAUCGAGGCAACCUAUGCUGUGCCAACCACCUCAGGGCUUCGCACUUGUGCUGAAGCGGACAAAGCCGGUGUGCGAAUAGCUGGUUGUGAAGGGGCAGCCUAUGUUCUAUGGCUGGAACGCAACCUCAAAAACGCAACCCUUCAAAAGUUCAAGGGUCACGACGCCACGUACGAACAGUUCAGGGAGACUGCCAUGGAAGCAGUUGCCGGGCUUCGGCCAAAACUGAAGAAGGACGGAGCUCAGCGACCAGGCACAAGGCUUCUUCCGGGCAAGUUCAUGGCCGUCGAGCAGGCAGCAGCUACGAAGAAAGGCCGUGAGCAGGGUUUCAAGCUGCUCUCUCAGUUCGUUGAGGAGGCGAAGAAGUCCGGCAAGGUGAAGGAGUUGAUGAAGAAAUUUAAGGUUGAGAAAGACCUGGCUAUCCCAUGCUCCCAAGCGAUUGCCCUACUGGUUCCGGUAAAGCUUGUGGAUUCGUCUUGCGAGAAGUUUGCCAGGCUAUUCUUGGUUUCCAUCGAGAAUGAGCGCAACCAGUUUAUGCAGGAGAUAAGAAGACGUCUCCGACCAGGGAAGCUUGUAUGUGCCAAGAACAAGGUCAUGCAGACUGCUCUGGGUUUGAGUCCGGAAAGCGAGUGCCAGGACAACGUGCACAAGAUUGCUGAGAUGAUUAAUGGGCAUUGUGCUUUGCUCUUCACAAACUCCACCCCUGAAGAGGUGGAGUCUGCUUUUGCCGGCUAUCGCCCCAGC